CGAAAAAGGCGCACUUUAAGUGAAAGUGCAGUGCUUGGAAAUGGUGCAACAAAAUGCAGUCACAGUUGUGAUAUUCCUUUAUAUUAUUCUGAAUCAGAUGAUAGCGAGGAAUAUAUUGAAUCAUCGCAAACUGUGUUUAUUACUAUAAUCUUAAUGAAGAAAAAAUUCCAUUUUUAUUUAUUUAUUUAUAUUUAUUCAGAUUAUGCCACCUUUAAUGUCGAUAUGCAGACGGAUUCCAACCACGAUACUGCCUUAACUCUGGCUGCAACUGGAGGUCAUGCUUCGUUAGUUCAGUUACUUAUUUCGCGUGGUGCAGAUAUUGAGCAUAAGGAUAAAAAGGGUUUUACUGCUUUGAUUCUCGCAGCAACAAGUGGUCAUGCGAAUGUUGUCGAAAUUUUACUUAAUGUGGGUGCUAACAUUGAAGCUGAAUCUGAACGUACUAAAGAUACCGCUUUGUCAUUAGCUUGUUCUGGUGGUCGAAAAGAGGUUGUGGAAUUACUUUUGAAACGAAAUGCAAAUAAGGAACAUCGUAAUGUCAGUGAUUAUACUCCCUUAUCUUUAGCAGCCUCAGGAGGUUAUGUCGGUCUUAUCAAUAUGCUUUUGAACGCGGGUGCAGAAAUCAAUUCUCGAACUGGAUCAAAGCUAGGAAUAUCACCCUUGAUGUUAGCUGCAAUGAAUGGUCAUACUGCUGCCACAAAAGUCUUACUUGAACGAGGAUCAGAUAUCAAUGCUUAUAUUGAAACCAAUCGAAAUACUGCCUUAACUUUGGCGUGUUUUCAAGGACGUGCUGAAGUGGUUAAACUUCUUUUAGAUUACAAUGCAAAUGUGGAACAUAGAGCUAAAACUGGUUUGACUCCAUUAAUGGAAGCUGCGAAUGGUGGAUAUGUGGAAGUUGGGGAAUUAUUGUUGGAUGCUGGUGCAGACCCAAAUACUGCUCCUGUUCCAACGAGUCGUGAUACUGCAUUAACGAUUGCAGCUGACAAAGGACAUCAUAAAUUCGUUGAGCUUCUUAUUCAUGCUCAUGCUCAGAUUGAGGCGCGUAAUAAAAAGGGUUGCACUGCUUUGUGGUUGGCCUGUCAUGGCGGUCAUAUCGAGACGGUUCAGAUUCUAGUCAGUCAUAAUGCAAAUGUUGAAGCUGAGGAUAAUCGUCAUGUUUCUCCUCUUAUUAUUGCUUUUAGAAAAGGACAUCUCAAAGUUGUGAAAUACAUGGUACGACAUGUUCAGCAAUUCCCUAAUGAUCAGGACUGUUAUCGUUUUUUAACCACUGUUUCGGAUAAGGUUCAUUUUUUCAUUUUUAUUCAUUUUUUCUUCAUUUAUUUGUUUUUUAUUGGAGGCCAAGGAUUUAUUUUUCCCUCCUUUAAGGAGUUGUUGACCAAAUGUCGUCAGUGUAUUGAGGUUAUAGUUGCUGCAAAGGAUCGUCAAGCAGAUCAAGCCAAUCGCGCUGCUGAAACUCUACUUCAACUUAUAGCAAAAGAGGUCAAGAUGAAGAAUUGUUGUUGCCUUUCCGACUGCCGAUCUUAA